AACUAAGGACUCCAAGAGCAGGCAUUUUGUUUUGUUUUUUGUCUUAAUGCUCAGUGAAUGUCCCUCCCCAUUUUUUUUUCUGUCGCUGAGAUGGGCAGAGCUCACUGUCUCAGCUCCCAAAUAUAAAUCUGUUAAUGCGAAAGAUAAGUCUAAUAAUGGAGAAGCAAUAGCUCUUUUGGGUGUUGUCACAGAAUUUUCUUCAUAUGUGUUUGUUAAGUAGGCUUAUUUAUGUGCAGCGAUCUUAAUUACUGUAGAUGAAACAGUUAAGAAUGUUGUUCGAUUUCUGUCUUAAUUUAUGUAGCUACCUUAAUUGUAUAAUGCAUCUCUGAAAAACUUAUGCUUAGCUAGCUUGAAUUGCUCGUCGAGAAUUUUAGAUGCAUCGAGCUGUUCGAUACACAUUGUGAAACCGCGUUAGUAAUUUAAAAGUGUUAUUGUUUGGCUAUUCUUAUCAAAAGGCUCACUCGAAAGAUAAUUGUGCGAUAAGUAUUAUCCGUGCAAGUACGGAAGACUAAGUCGUACUGAGACUGUUAAUUAUGCAUAUUGCCGUAUGUCUGCUGUUACUUUUUACAGUUGUAAAAGGAAUACCACUCAGACGGAAUGACAGACCGAUAAUAGGGAUUUUAUCUCAAGAACUAUCGCCAACAGUUUCAGGAAUAUUUGGAAAUCAUUCUAGCUAUAUUGCAGCGUCGUAUGUCAAGUAUGUGGAGGGGGCUGGAGGUAGGGUAGUACCUAUAUGGGUGAACCAGACCGAGUCGUAUUACAGAGAAGUAAUUAGUAGAAUCAAUGGACUUCUGUUUCCUGGUGGUGCUUCAUAUUUUACGAAUACUGAUGGCUAUGCAGCAGCAGGAGAAAUUUUGUACAAUUUAACCGUUGGUUUAAAUGAAAAUGGUGAUUAUUUUCCACUUUGGAGCACAUGUUUGGGAUUUGAGCUGAUGCUAUAUUUAGCAGCUGGUCAAAGAGAACAUCGUUGUUCCUGUUCUGCAAAUGAUGUUGCUCUUCCUCUAGAGUUUACACAUGAUUUCAAUGAAAGCAGCCUUUUUGGUGCAGCUCCAGAGAAUGUUAUAACUGCUCUUGGGUCACAGAAUAUUACUGCUAAUUACCACAACUUCUGCGUAACUCAAAAGAACUUAACGGAAUUUGGCUUGAGUGGGCAGUGGCAUGUCCUCUCUGUGAACCAUGAUAUAAAUGGUGUGGAAUUUAUAUCAUCUAUCCAGUCAAGACUGUAUCCUUUUUAUGGUGUCAUUUUUCAUCCAGAAAAAAAUGCAUAUGAAUGGAAAUCAAAUAAAAACAUACCCCAUAGUUCAGAUGCAGUGGUUGCGAUGCAGUACUUUGCAAACUUUUUUGUGAAUGAAGCUCGUAAGAACUUUCACAGCUUUCCAUCAGUGGAAUCUGAAGAGUCUGCACUUAUUUAUAAAUAUACUCCUACAUAUACAGGUGAUCAUCUUAUCUAUGAACAGUGUUAUUUUUUUGAUUACUAACAGUUACAGGUGUACUCGCCCGACAUUUCUGAAAGAAUAAUUUGUCAAUAAAUGAGAUGAGAUGGAGCAAUUCACUAUUUUGUCUUAUAUUCCUUUAUUGCUAAUUGCUGGUAAGAUUAUCUUCUUAAGGGUUGAUUGUACCUUCGUAGGGUGAAAAAUAUAAAAAAAUUUUUUUUGCUCGUAAA